UGAGGAUCGGGACCGCUUGAAAGUGGGGGAAAGUGCCGGCGCCUCCGCCACCGGGGAAAGCCGCUCGGCAGAGCCGAGGCCAGCAGCCACCCAAGAUAUAUUGAGGCGCGCGGCCCGGGGCAUGAGACUGUGAACGCCACCAGUCCCCACCCCACCGCGGGCAGCCUAGCGCCAGGCCCAGGAAUCACCCGAGGACUUGACCGGCUGAGUCUUGGUUCGGACCGGACUCGCCCGGCGGCGGCCAAGAGGAGAGGCAGAGAACAGCGGCGGGGCCGGGGGGCCCGAGGGCCGGGGGCCCAAAGGGAGGUCGAGGCGGCCCGAGCCGCCGGGGCGCGGGGCUAUGAUGGUGCACUGUGCCGGCUGCGAGCGGCCCAUCCUCGAUCGCUUUCUGCUGAACGUGCUGGACCGCGCGUGGCAUAUCAAAUGCGUUCAGUGCUGCGAGUGUAAGACCAACCUCUCGGAGAAGUGCUUCUCACGCGAGGGCAAGCUCUACUGCAAAAAUGACUUCUUCAGGCGCUUUGGCACCAAGUGUGCGGGCUGUGCGCAAGGCAUCUCACCGAGCGACCUGGUUCGCAAGGCCCGCAGCAAAGUCUUCCACCUCAACUGCUUCACCUGCAUGGUCUGCAACAAGCAGCUGUCCACCGGCGAGGAGCUCUACGUCAUCGACGAGAACAAGUUCGUGUGCAAGGACGACUACCUGAGCUCCUCUAGCCUCAAGGAGGGCAGCCUCAACUCCGUGUCGUCCUGUACGGACCGCAGCUUGUCCCCGGACCUCCAGGAUCCACUCCAGGACGAUCCCAAGGAGACCGACAACUCGACGUCGUCGGACAAGGAGACGGCCAACAACGAGAACGAGGAGCAGAACUCGGGCACCAAGCGGCGCGGCCCGCGCACCACCAUCAAAGCCAAGCAGCUGGAGACGCUCAAGGCCGCCUUCGCCGCCACGCCCAAGCCCACGCGCCACAUCCGCGAGCAGCUGGCGCAGGAGACCGGCCUCAACAUGCGCGUCAUCCAGGUGUGGUUCCAGAACCGACGGUCCAAAGAACGCAGGAUGAAACAGCUGAGCGCCCUGGGCGCCCGGAGACACGCCUUCUUCCGGAGUCCGAGGCGCAUGCGUCCGUUGGGCGGUCGCUUGGACGAGUCGGAGAUGUUGGGGUCCACUCCGUAUACCUACUACGGAGACUACCAAGGAGACUACUACGCGCCCGGAGGCAACUAUGACUUCUUUGCGCACGGCCCGCCGUCGCAGGCGCAGUCCCCUGCCGAUUCGAGCUUCCUGGCCGCCUCGGGGCCCGGAUCGACGCCGCUGGGCGCACUGGAGCCGCCGAUCGCUGGCCCGCACGCCGCCGACAACCCCAGGUUCACCGACAUGAUCUCGCACCCCGACACGCCGAGCCCGGAGCCGGGCCUGCCUGGCUCGCUGCACCCCAUGCCGGGCGAGGUGUUCAGCGGCGGCCCCAGCCCCCCUUUCCCCAUGAGCGGCACCAGCGGCUACAGCGGACCCCUGUCGCACCCCAACCCUGAGCUCAACGAGGCCGCCGUAUGGUAAGGCCACCGGGCCGGGCCGCUCCCCCGCGCUUGGCCCCGGGGACCCGCCCGGCCGGCCCCCGCCGCCCCCCGCCCCCAACCUCAGCCCGGACGCAGCCUCCCUAAACCAAAACGCCCAACGUGGACAAAGCUCGCUCGCUCUCUAUCGAGUCCGAACUCAACCGGCAGCUGCUUCUCGGCUGGGCGCGAAGGAGGAGGACCGCCCCCCGCCCCCCAUCUCCAUCCUCCCACCGCGGCCUCUCCGGGAACCCCCUGCCAGCGUCUCCCGGCAGCUGCGAGCGAUUUCUUGGGACCAAAGUGUUAACUCCGGAGGGUCAAGAGAUUUCAAGCACGCUCUAGGCUUCCCCCGACCUCUCCCCCAACCGACACACCACCUCUUUGGUCCAAGAGAGGGCUGACGCCAAGGGAUGGAGACGAUUUCUUUUUCCCCCCCCUCCCUGGAAUCCGACUGGCAUUUUGUAAUCGUAUUUCUCACUCUGCUUUCCCGUCUUAAAAAAAAAAAAAAAAAAGAUAAGAAAAAGAGAGAUUGAAGGGAGUGAGGAAAGGGAGCAGAAUGAGUUAGAAGAUGGGGAGAGAGCCAGCAGAGAUGGAAAGAGUGAGAAACAUGUUUGAAUGGGGGGCGGGUAGGGGUGGGGGGGUCACUGGAAGACAGCUCCACCUGCGCGUUCGCGCCCCCUGGUGGUCAACCUCGAUGAUCACGAUCAGCUUUUCUAGGAAGAGAUGGGAGCGGUCCGGACAUGACCAGCCCAGGGCCAGACCCCCCACCUCUUCCUUCCUUUGACAUUUAUUUUGAGCCCGGGGGUCCAGGCCAGAUUCAAACACUUGCCCAUCCUGCGCACCCGCUUGGGCAAGGCGCCAGGAUUUCUGGGCUCUGGCCCACAGACCACCCUCCGUGCCCAGGUCCUUCGAGGCUGGGCGGUCAGGAUGUACAGUAUUAUACUUUUUUGGAAGUUGAACGCUUCUAGUUUCCUUAUUUUGUAUAAAGAAGAAACAAAUAAAGUAUGUUUUUGUGUUUACUGUUUAUUUAUUGUACACUAGUUAUCUGGGGUUGGACAUUUUUAUAUUUUUAAGAGGAGGGUGGGCAGAGUGGGGGAGGGGAGCCAGAAAGAGGUUUACCUAAAAAAAAAGGCAAAAAAAAAAAAAAAAAAAACCCACAAAAAAAAUCAACUUUUUUAAAAAGAAAGAUUAAUAAUAAAAAAUUCUUUUUUCCCUCCAUGCUGUGUGGUUUUCUUUUUUCUUUUUUUUUCCUUUUUGCCUCUGUCUUCAGUCACUCUGAAUUAAUGGAACUAUUCUGGUUCUUGUUUCUGACAUAAACCAGACUUGAUGGAUGCAAAGACCUCUCAUCUAGCAGGGUGAUGGGAGGGGUUCUUUUGGCAACUAACAGGUAAGGAAGAUGCCUGCCUUUUUUUUUUUUUUUUGGACAGCUAUGAUGCACCAAUAGUAUCUCCCCCAGUUUUAUGUAAUACCCUGAUCUAACACAGCCAGCCUGGCACAUAGUAGGCCUUCAAAAUAUUUGAUGACUGAAUGGGUGUGUGACUUAUUUAUCACCAGGGCAAUUCGAACUUCACUCAUUACUCCUCCAGGUAAAACCAAACAAACAAAAAGUAGGUUGGGACUUGCCAGGCAGUCUAGUGGUUAAGACUCCACAUCUCCAUUGCAGGGGUCGUAGGUUCGAUCCCUGGUCAGAGACCUAAGAUCCCACAUGCCUAGUGGUGCGGACAAAAAAAAAAAAGCAGGCUAGUAGGUCCAGUGCUGCAAGGCUGUGUUAGGACAGAAAUGUCCGCAGGGAGAACAAGGCUGUUUGUCCUGCAAUUCUUAACACAGUGCCUGCUUGGGUCCUUUGGUAAAUCAGCAUGGUGGAAGGGAGUUCUUGAGAUUUAAUGGGUCU